AUGUCAGGAUUUCUUAAAGAUCAAAUCGUUAGUGCAGGCCAAGGGUUUUUACAAGAUAGUGCGGUUGAAUUUGCUGGGGAACAUUUUCAGCCUACAAGGGACCCAUACUAUGUUAAGAUUGAUGACGAAGGCAAUCGAAAAAGAUUGAAGUUACCUGAUUAUUGUACCAAGCAGGAAAGUAAAGCUUACAAACGUUUACAAUCUAAAGCAUGGAUGCAUGAUCGCAGUGUUUGUGGAUGUUGUUGUUGGACUGAUACAAUCGGCUGGGGACCAAUGCUAUCAAUUCUGCCCGUGAUUGGCCCAGCUUUGAUGUAUUGGGUACACAAUAAACUAAUUAAACAAGCUACUAAGGAUUUUGAAUUGUCCGGGGAAUUAGUUGCCAAAAUGCAUGGAAAUAUUGCAAUAGAUUUAGCAAUCAGUUUAGUUCCAUUAUUGGGUGUUCUCUUUUCAUGGCUACACGCAUGUUCUACAAGAAAUUGCGCGAUGGUUUAUAACUUCAUUGUUAAGAGGGCUAUUGAAAAACAUUCUAAAGAAGAAGCUGAAAAAUUAGCUAGAGAAUCUGAAAAGGGUAAUAGAGGUGUAUUAUAUGAAGUGAAGGAAUUAGGUGAUAAAGUCUUCCAUCAUGGUCAUAGACAUAACAAUCAUAACAAUGAUUCCGAAAAGAAGAAAGAUAAUACUAUUGUCGAUGUAAUUGAAACCAACUCAAAUACACCAACACCACCUCCUAUUGCUGCUCAAUCACAAAUAUCUUUGUCCUCACGAUCACAACAAAAACAACCCCACUCAACUCCUAAUUCCAAUAACCAAACAACAAUUCCAAUACCUCCUAGAACAUACCAACAAUCUAUUCAGCGUAAUGAUUCAACUCCAUCUAUACCGACUCAUCAAGCAUCUACCUUCAGCGUUGAACGUAUUGAAAAGUCAUCAGCACAACAACCUCGCCCUGUUCCAACUCGCCCUGUUCCUCCACGUCCUAAUCAAAACAAGGCUCCAUACCCUAUAUAA